CAUUAAGCUGUUAAAUUUCCUGGUGUUGUGUGACUAUUUGUAAGAAACGAAGACUCGUACUGGGUCGAUCGUUUUUCCACCAACCCUCUAAAGAGCUGCAUAUAUUUUAAACUAAGUAGUUUGCAUGAGCAGACAGAAAAUAAUAGUAAUUCCAAGCUAACCGAGGUUCGUUCAUUAUGACAGCCGCUGUUUUUUUCGGCUGUACAUUUAUAGCUUUUGGUCCAGCAGUAGCGCUGUUCCUUUUCACUAUCGCCCACGAUCCACUGCGAGUUAUCUUUCUCAUUGCGGGUGCAUUCUUCUGGCUAGUAUCUUUGCUGCUGUCAUCUUUGGUAUGGUUUAUUGCUGUACAGAUCAGCAACAAAGACAGUGCCACACAGCAGAAAGGGCUUCUUAUAUUUGGAGUGGUGCUGUCUGUACUGCUUCAAGAAGUCUUUCGAUUUGCCUACUACAAACUACUGAAGAAAGCUAAUGCAGGCCUGUUGGCCAUUAGCCAAGAGGAUACCAUGCCCAUCUCUGUUCGCCAGCUGGCUUAUGUUUCAGGCCUUGGCUUUGGAUUCAUGAGCGGAGCAUUUUCAGUGGUCAAUAUCUUGUCGGACUCUUUAGGUCCUGGCACUGUUGGCAUCCAAGGGGACUCUCAACAGUACUUUAUUUCUUCAGCUUUUAUGACACUGGCUAUAAUCCUGCUGCACAUGUUUUGGGGUGUUGUGUUUUUUGAGUCAUGUGAGCAUCAAAGAUGGCUGUCUCUUGGGGCGGUGGUCUUCAGUCACUUGUUAGUUUCAUGCCUGACAUUUUUGAACCCGCAAUAUGAAGGCAGUUUGAUUCCCACCUAUAUCAUCCUGUGUUUGAUGGCUGGCUGGGCUUUUACCUGUGCUGGAGGCUCUCUAAGAAACCUCAAACUGUGCCUCACCUGCAAAGAUGGGGACUUUCUCCUGGUCAAUCACCGGUCUAGAUAACACUUUAUCUGCAAACCUUAGUUGUCCGUUUACAGAAUGGAGCAGGGUGCUUGCAAAGUUUAUAACCUGGGAUUUAGUGGAUGCUGGGAUUUUCUUUUGUUUUGUAUACCUCGAUCUGUGUAUGUAAGCCAGGUUUUUCUUUUUAUGAUUGUCCUGUCUGAGAUUAGUACAGUAACUGCUGCUGACACAUUUUAGAGUAUUGAGAUUUCUUCCUUCAAAAUCUAAUAAUUAAAAAUUCAGAUUAUUUACAAUCCCUUUUUUCUUUAAUUAUGCCUUAAUACCUGUUAAUAACAUUACCUAUUAUGUUUAAGAUGUUAAAUCUAUGACUGUCUUGUAUGUAAAUGUUGUUUUCUUUGAUCCUAUGUGUUUCGUUCAUCAGGAACUAAGGUCUAAUGUAAAUUUGUGUUUUUCUAAAGCAGUUAAAAUUAGUCUUUCAUUAAUAGCUUUUUGAAUAAUUCUCCAAACCCUACGAAUGCUGUAAGUUUUUUGAGGGGCUUAAGGAAUAACACAGGUACUACGUCACCAUUAUCUUAGAUAUUUUUUUUCUUGGCUGUAAGGUGUCUAGCAUUUCUUUAUUGUUAAAAUCUAAUUAGAAAUAUAAUGCUAUGAAGAUUAUUGUUAGAUUUUUAAGUCUAUACCACUCAGUUUUUUGUGUUAUGAAAAUUAAUCAGAUGUAUUUAAAUAAAAAACACUAAAUCUG